AUCUUUCAGCUGCAAAAACGCUGCGGAGGUGAAUGAUUCUCUUUCUCCGUAUCUUACUGUGCAAAGUUUGAGCUUCGGCGUGGCUUGUCAUUUGUUUUCUACCCCUGAGAGGACUUUACCCCUGUUCGAUCGCCAGAGCUACUUUGUUUGAUUUGCAAAUUGAAUGCAGUGAGGUAACGUAGUCCGACGGACCAGAACAAUCCAGAGGGAAGAGCAACAAACUCCACAGCUGUCACCACCCGCCGUUCCUGACAAAUUAUUCGAACAUGGCAGAUCUCAGUGUCCUGGUUGCCAGCGUCUUGGCCGCGCUGUCACUCGCGUGGUUCCUGCUGUUAAGGAGAAGAAAAGAGGGUGAGCCUCCAGUUGAAAAUGGUUGGAUUCCAUACUUUGGCUGUGCAUUUGAGUUUGGUGCAAAUCCUCUCAAAUUCCUGCAAAAUCACCAGAAGAAAUAUGGAGAUGUUUUUACAUGUAAGAUAGCUGGAAACUUCAUUACUUUCGUCACUGAUCCCUUAUCAUACAGCUCUGUAAUUCGGCAUGGAAAAUUUCUUAACUUUCAGAAUAUUGCGUUAACAAUUUCAAAAAGGGUAUUUGGUCAUGCGGAUUUUAACGAUGCCAAAUAUGAGAUAGAGUAUGAAGAAGUUCAUCAAAUCUUCAACAAGACCCUUCAAGGAAGCUCCUUGAGUCCUUUGGCCUCAAGUAUGAUGGAGAAUCUCCACUUUGUGAUGGCACAGGUUAAGUCACCCUCAGACUCUGAUGGCUGGAUCACUGAAAGCCUUAAUGCUUUUUCAUAUAGGAUAAUGUUUGAAGCUGGAUAUUUAACACUCUUUGGGAAAAAUGAACAAGCAAUGAAAGAAAAGGAUAUUGAAAAGGUGAAUGCGCAGCAUGUUGCCAUUCAAACGGCCAUGACAAAUUUUAAAGUGUUUGACAGUGUAUUUCCUGCUUUAGUUGGCGGUAUUCCAUUAUCAUUUUUCAAAGCAGCCAAGGAAUCAAGAAUGGCUCUGGCACAAGGAUUUUUACAUAAAAUAUUAAGACAAAAUAAUAAUAAAUCUUUCCUCAUCGAGGAAAGAAUGAAUCUUUUUGAUCGUUCCCCUGCACUUGAUGAUCUUGACAAGGCAAAGACUCAUGUCAUAAUGCUGUGGGCCUCACAGGCUAAUACUCUUCCUGCCUGCUUCUGGACCAUUUAUUAUCUACUAAGGUCCCCCGAAGCAUUGAAAGCAGUGAAAAAUGAAAUUCAAAACCUACUCCGCAUAACAAAUCAAAACUCUGGAGACAUUACUAACCCUAUCAUAUUCACCAAAGAACAACUCGAUAGCAUGACGGUGAUGGGAAGUUUAAUAAGUGAAGCUCUCCGCUUAUCCAGUGCGUCAAUGAUGUUGCGUGUUGCCACUGAGAACAUUGUGCUGACUUUGGAUUCGGGUAUGAAGGUGGCUGUGCGAAAAGGAGACCAAAUUGGUUUAUAUCCUCAAUUAUUACAUUUGGAUCCAGACAUUUAUGACAACCCAUUGGAAUUUAAGUGUGACAGAUUUUUGGAUGAAAAUGGAAAAGAGAAGACCACAUUCUACAAAAACGGUAGAAAGCUCAAGGCCCAUCUGUUGCCAUUUGGUUCUGGUGUCAGUAUAUGCCCUGGUCGCUUUUUUGCUAUCAAUGAGAUCAAACAGUUUUUGUCUUUACUAUUAUGUUAUUUUGACAUGGAACUGCUUGAUCCCUCAGCACCCACCCCACCCCUGGAUAAUUCAAGAGCUGGGUUUGGAAUUCUUCAGGCAGUUUAUGAUGUUCAGUUCCGCUAUCGUCUGAAAUAACAAUAGCAUACUGUUAUCAUAGGGCAAUAGAAUUUGGCCCAUUGCCUAGUUUAGAAUGAUUUUUCUUUAUUUAGUCUACACAAAAACGAAUACUCUUUAUUAAUGUACAAGCUAAUCACUGUUCUAACAGUUUUAUCAUUGAAGUUUAAAACAGUGUUAAGUUUAUCCUACAGUUUCUUGAUUUUUCUACUGACAAUUGUUGUGCAAUUCUUACAAUACAGGACUCAAUUUGUGAUUUAACAAUUUGCUAUUCUGCGCUGCCCUCAAUCAGUAUUGUUACCUAAAAGGUAACCCUAUUUAAGGCUGUUGGUAUCAGUGACAUUGUUUCAUAGUUGUAGAAACAUUUUGUGGAAUAAUAUCAACUGUCAACAUAGAAAAUAUUAAUUCUGCCUGAAUAACUUAUGCCAGUGUUCACAAUGUGUACAAAAGCCUUUUUCUCUUCAAACAAUAUUAUUUCAGCCCUUUAGUAUAUUUUUCUAUUUUUCUUUAUUAAUAUAGUUAUCCAAUUUCCUUUUGAAAGCAUCUACAGGUAUCUAUUCUCUGUGUGGAGAUGUCUUCUUUUGGGUAUUUAGCACGCUAUUGUUCAAUACAUAUGAUACAUUAAGCAAAAAAUUGCUCUUGCUUUUCCUUUAAAAAAAACUUGCACUUUUUGAACAGUUAAAUGAAAAAUAUAUAUAUUUCCUGAAAAAUUAAAUAAGGGAAUUUAUAAUUGGGACGUAGAUGUGCAAGGGCUUUAAAGGUACAAAUCAGAUUAGUCUGAAUGGUCAUUUUGUUAGGAACAUAAAAAUGAGAAUGUUACAAGGCAGUGGAUUUUCUAGCCCAUCAAGUUUUACUCAUUUGAUUUUCCAUGACAUGUUUCACCUGGGGAAGCUCACUUUCUUCUUUAUGGUAUUCUGUCUGGAACAUAUUCACUUUGAAAAGGGAUUCUACUUCAACAAUAAAUUGUGGUAAAAAAUUUACAUUCUUACUGUGAUCUGAAUAUUUUCCAGCUUUAAUUAAUUUUUUUGUGAUUACUUUUCCACUAUCUCCAGAACGGCAUGAUGGGUCAUGCAACACGGUGGUGCUAUAGAUAGAAUAGCUGUCUCACAGAUUCGUCUCUGACCUCCCAUAAGAUCUGUACGGAAUUUGCACAAUCUCCUUUCCCCCACGUUGACUUCUGCUGGGUGCUAUUUUUUUCUAUUUCAGUGAUCAUGACAAAGCUCAGCUGUCUCUGUGCAUUUUAAAGUGAGAACAAUCAAUUUUGCCUUUAUUGAGUUAACUUCAAAUUGACUUGUGUGAGUGCACAAUGUUUUUUCUACAUAUAUAUUUCCAUAGAGGCUUCAGUGCUGGUCCCACUCGACAUGCUGUAUGACUGUAUGCCCAGUGGGAUAAAUACUGAAGGAGUGGGUCUUCAGAGAACACUGUAGAAAGAAUGAACAUACUGCUAAUUCCUGUGAAUCUUGUCCACCACAAGGAUAAAAGUGCCUGGUCAUAUCUCCAACUCUUCAAAGAGCAACGCAUUGGGAAACUCUCACCUUUUGCAGCAGAGCAACCUAGUAUAGAGAUAAAGGCCACUCUGAACUACUUAGCCUCCAGAUCAUUCGAGAUGGGAGAAGCUGAGUGCCAUUUUUCAUUUUAUGGGUCACAGAUGCUCUCUAUUCAGAGAGGAGGAAUUUCAUUUCCUGAAGCAGAUACUGGCAGGGACAGAGAUCAGACAGCAUUUUUGGUUUCCCAAGUGGACUGUUGGGCUGCACUUGAGCAGCACUCCAGGUUCCCUGUGUGAGCCCAGAAUUCUCCCUGGAUUACAAAACCUUUCACUUACAUACAGCUGCUAUGUGAUCAUCAAAUGAAAUGCCAUAUUUCCAAGGAAUUCUUUUUUUCAGUCUGAUUCACAUUACAUUUUUGCACUUUAACUAUCCCUACACUUGACUAUCAAUCUCCCAGCCAAGCAUUUUGCAAGAAUACCACAAUAACAUAUACUUUACAUUUUCUGUACAACUCUUAGUGUUGGUGUGGAAGGAGACUGGUCAACAGGCUCGUGCAGGGAGCGACAAUAAAAGCAAAUUGAUCUGCCCUUGUUCAAACACUACCAUUGAACAAAGGAAAAAAAGGAUCCAAUUCCCAUUGUUGUUCUUCUGAUGUACCUCAUAUCCACGACUCUGCAGCACAACCUACAAAAGCAGAUAGAAAGGACUUUAUAAUCAAAACAAUCUUUAUAAUCAAAAUCAGUUUAUCUUCAAUUAAAUAGAAACUGAAGACAUAAAUAACAAUGUAUAUACGAUAAUUAUUCACACUAGGAUAACAAGAAUUGAAUGGAUAGCCAUAGAGGUAUAAAUACACUCUAUAUUUUAACAGGUCACAUGAGGGUCAUGAAAAACCUGCUCCACAUUCACAUGAGAAUAAGCAUUUCUAUGUCUCUCGAUUCACUUUCCCAUGACUAGUCUGAAGAAGGGUCUUGACCCAAGACGUCACCUAUUUCUUCUCUCAAGAGAUGCUGCCUGGCCCGAUGAGUUACUCCAGCAAUUUGUGUCUGUCUUCGGUUUAAACCUGCAUCUGCAGCUCCUUCCUACACAUUUCCUAAACAUUUCAUUGCUUCAACUUUACCGUAAUCUUAUCUUAUCCUUUUAUAACUAUAAAACUCUGAUCUU